UUUCCCUCUGUAAAGAUUCUAUUAAAUGUUAACUCUAAUUUAAAUGUGUUUUGCGUUGAUGUGUCCACAGUGGGGCAUGUGUCUGUGCAAACAGGAGGCUCCAUCACCUUCCCAUGUCGCUAUGAUCUGAAUCACAUCAACCAUGUGAAAUACUGGUGUAAAGGAUUAGGUUGGGCUGUAUGUUCUUAUGUAGUAUGCACUGACCAUCCUAAGAGCAGUGGUAAGACCUCAAUCUCUGAUGACAUCAAAAAGAGAAUCUUCACUGUGACCAUAACUGACCUGACGUCAUGGGACUCUGAGAAUUACAGGUGUGUUGUGGAGAUCAAUAGAGGACCAGAUAUCAUGAUACAAUGGUUCUACCUAUCUGUCACUCCAGCACUUUUUUCUUCUCUGAAUUCAUGUUUUUUACCUCUGUGUUCAGGUACUCCAGAACUCUAUGUGGAACAACAGGAAGUGACUGGAGUAGAAGGAGGGAGUGUCACUGUCCGUUGUUACUAUAGUAACUCUGGAGACAUAAAGUGGUGCAGGAUGGGUGGUGAUUGUGUGAUGUGGUAUUCUUGGACUUUACAUGGAACAUCAGUGACAUUAAAGCGGACUAGUGAAGCCAACAACAGAAAAGCCUUAACAGUGACUAUGAGUGGACUGAAGAUGGAGAACACUGACUGGUAUUGGUGUAGAGUGGGAGAACUAGAGAUGCCUGUUCACAUCACUGUCAGUCAACAAACUGCAACACAGAGAACCUCUAAGAUGACCUCAACAACCCAAGAUCCAACCACUCAACAACCCUCUGCCUCUCCAACUGCUGAGCCUGUUCAGACUGACAUAACAAGUCAAGGAGCUGAGGGGAACAUGGAGGAAGUCCACCAGAGGUUAUUAUCACUCCUUCAGCUGUAUUAUCCCACAUGUUGUUAGAUAAUAUGAACACAGAGAAACAUUACAAUUCCAUCAAACACUACAACAGUUAAU